UUGAUAUCACUGGAAGUAAUCACAUCUCAUUGAAAUUAACGUGGAGAAGAGUGAUAGGUUGAAAAUAGUUGAAUCUUUGUUUCGAUUGAAAUUAUGGCUAGCAAAUGGAUAAAAUUGCAUUGGACGAGACCAAUAACGGCAGACUAUCCGAAAAUUUGGCGUACAUUUAUUGGACGUGAUGUGGAUAGCGAUAAAUUAACUGAAUAUCGCAUUGAGGACUUGACUGAAUCUAGAUAUGAUGAUACCAUCAAGCACAUGGAAGCAUUUUAUUUGAGAGACGAACCGGUAUCGCAAAUAGUAGGAGGUAGCAAGGAUGCGCAGUAUAUAGCCGAUUACGGAAUGAUUUGUGGAUCGAUAUUGCGACAAGGAUCGUCUUUAGUUUGUUUGCGAGCUAGCUCCGAUCAAAUUGUAGGUGUUCAGACUCAAUACGUAAUUACGAAAGCAGAUAAUUUUGGUAAACAAGCUUAUGAACGUAGCCAAAGUCCCAAAACGAAGAAAAUGUACGACGUUGAUGCUGUAUUGACUAAACAAUUCAGUGUGUUCGAUUCGUAUGGCGUAUCCGAGUACCUAUACUUACACAAUCAGGCCGUCGAUGAAAGGUUUAGAGGACUGAACAUCGCUUUGCGCAUGGUAGAAGCCGGAAUGCAAUUUUGCCGGCAUUCGAACAUAAAGGUUAUGCAUGGUGUAUUUACGUCAGAUUUUUCGAGUCGAGCGUGUGAGACAUUCGGUUUCAAAGACGAUUUGGCGAUCAGUGUCGAUGAAUUGAACAAGCUUCGUCCGGAGUUAGGCAUACAGGACAUGAAAAGCAAACAAUUGUCCAUAAAGUCGUUUGUGGUGUAGUGUUUAGUUUAUGAUGUUGAAUUUAUGCUGAAAAUAAAGUUCUGUUUGUCUUUACACGUAUGUAC